UGAAACAGAGCCAUGAAGCUGAAAGAAGCACCAAAUUUCAAUGGAUCCAUCUGUGCAGGCUCAUCCGCCAUUCUCACUGAUGCUCAAGGGCGUGCUCAAGAUCCCGGAGAAAGCCCGGCGAGCAUUUCCUGACAGGCUGGGGAGCCUGGUGGCCGGAUUCGAGGACAGGGAGGAGGAGGAGAAUUCGGGUUCUGAUAAGGCCUUUGAGCCGGGGGAAGAGCUCGAAACUUUUCAUCCCAAUCUGUUGGAGUUGGACUGCAAAUUUGAUGAUUAUGUGAAAGAUGAUGACAAGUCGUCUCAUGUUGAACUGGAUCCCAGCAGGGUCAGGCCAAAGCCUGAUGCAGAUGUUGCGGCCUCUGUUUCUGUCAAGGAAAUCAUUGCGGCCGAUGAGAAAAGGUCGGAUCUUGAGUACGAGCUUUCCAGGAAGGAGAUAAAUCUGGAAAAGUUGCAAAGAAUUGCAAGUUCAGGGCUUCCCGAAGGCGGUUUACGAGCAACUGCUUGGAAGCUGCUCUUGGGUUAUUUACCUUCUUCUCGCGAUUUAUGGGAAAAAGAGAUGGCCGAGAAUCGAUCCAAGUAUUCGAAGCUAAAAGAGGAGCUUCUCUUGAGCCCUCUUCAAUCUAGACAGUCAGAGUUCUCGAGAAGAAAUGAAGUGGCUCGGGAUGCUGACGGGCAGCGUGAUGACAGCAAUGUAGAUGACGGGCCACUUGAACGACACGAUGUUUCCAAUGAAGAUCACCCUCUAAACAUCAGCAAGGCCAGUGUUUGGCACCAAUUCUUUCAGUUCUCUGAGAUUGCCCAGCAGAUUGACCGGGACCUGCAAAGAACGCACCCCGAUAUGAAGUUCUUCUCGGGGGAAUCGUUGUUGAGCAGGAAGCACAGGGAAGCAAUGAGAAAUGUUCUUCUGCUGUUUGCAAAGCUAAAUCCUGAAAUCAGCUAUGUCCAGGGGAUGAAUGAGGUUUUGGCACCAAUCUACUAUGUUUUUAGCACUGAUACUGAUGAACAUAAUGCAGCCAAUGCAGAGGCAGACAGCUUUUCUUGUUUUGUACGGCUGCUAAGCGACUCAGUCGAUCACUUCUGCCAGAAACUGGAUAACAGUUCUAUGGGCAUCCAUUCGACUCUGUGUCGACUGUCGGAGCUACUGAAAGCCCACGACGAGGAGCUGUGGCGGCACCUGGAAUACACAACCAAGGUCAACCCCCAAUACUAUGCAUUCAGGUGGAUCACAUUACUGCUCACUCAGGAAUUUGAUUUCCAGUCUGUGUUAAGGAUUUGGGACACCCUUUUAAGCAAUCCUUUCGGUGUGCAGGCAGGACAUGCUGCUGCGAGUGUGCUGUGCAAUGCUGCUGUGUGUGAAGAGCAGGCUGUUGGGUGGCGAUUUCAUAGCCAACAUGAAGCUUCUACAACACUUCCCCAAAAUCAACAUUGAACACCUUCUUGAGGUAGCCAAGGGCAUUACCCCUGAUACAUCUUCCUUUCAUUUGCCACUGUAAAUUUCCCCAGUGAUCUUGAAGAAGAACGUCGUGUACAAAUGAGCUUCAAACCAAGUUUUCUAUGUAAUUUGAGUCAUUUAUACAAAAAUUCUUUAUGAUUUUAAAUUAUCUCUAGAAUAAUUUACUCUUCUGAUCA